AUGGUGGCGAGUGUCACAGAGCGCGAUAGUGAGGCUGGGUCACAGGCCACGCAAAUCGUCAGCGACUGGAUUCAAACGUUUCAGUACCUAAGAGACACGACGUCUUUUGGUGCUCUGCGACCACAACAAAAACAGAGACUCGCACCGACCGCCUCACGACGAGAAGACGUAGCAGGAGCGUCGAGCAGAGCGUCAAAGGUCUCGGAGGAGACGGCCCAUUCAUCCGGCAACCAUAGCAGCAGCAAGCCUCUGAGCCCCACGAAACGGAUAGCCACGUUGUGCGCAUCCACGGGCUCCACCGCGUCGUCCGGCGUGGCGACCACCGCCCUCUGUCCCCCGCCGCCGUUUGCCGACUCGGAAACGGACGAAGAGGCGGCAGUGGCGUACCCGGCGAUGAUCGGAGCGGAUUCCCUGGAGGUGGUGCGGUAUACUCAGUUGAUUGGGACGUUGAGGCGGCAGCAGAAUUUGAUGGGCGGCGAAGCCCAGCCGCCGCGGACUUCCGGUGGAAACUCCUACUCGUCCAUCCACGCCGAGACUCUCGUUUGUAUAUUCUUUCCCACGCUCACCGACAUGUUGAUCACGAUUUCUACGUACGUUUUCGCACUGCAUCGAGGAAUUGAAGAAAAGAGGACCGAUUCGCGGAUGUCUCAAGGGAUGACUGAUUCGACCUUGGACGAAGAACAGGGUUCACGACAACCUUCACAAGUAGUUACAACAACGUCUACUUCCGGUGAGAAUAACGGGUUAUCCGGUGUUCAUCAGCAGCAAUCGUCGGUGACUCCGGAAACAGGAAAUCCUGAACUGGUUUCUCCUUGGCUGAUCGUCACUACCUUGGUGGUGUUCUUUGGAUUCUGCAUCCCUGCUGGGUAUCAUUUGACAGCACUCAACAACCCUGCAGCUGUGAUCAAGAAUCAUUUGAAUACAUCGGCAAGAAGUCAGUACUACCUGAGUCAAAAUUCGAUUCUCUUUGAACGAAAUAUCCUCUGGUCUGGUGUUGUGUCAAUUUACGUCAUCGGAGCCACUAUCGGAGCAAUUUGCUCCAGUCACUUGGCGGAAAAAACCGGAAGUAAAGGAGCUUUGGUCACCGAUUUCAUUCUAGCUGCUCUUGGUACACUUUGUAUAGCAGCAACCAAACCUGCGAAAAAGCUGGAAUUGCUUUUCUUGGGACGGCUGCUGCUGGGUCUUGCUUGUGGCAGGGUUGGUUGGAAGCCAGAAGACAUUGCCAAAGAGGCAGAGGCGAUAAAAACUGGGAUUACCUUAGCAGGGUCACAACCAUAUUACAGCCUCAUGGAUUUGAUUAGAAAGAAAGAAUUCCAUUCAGCUCUGAGAAACGUUCUCAUAUUGAACAUUGGGCAGCAAUUCACAGGGACAAAAGCGGUAUUUUUCUAUUCCACUGAGAUUUUCCAGCAUGCUGGGAUACACAGGGACGAGAGCCAGUUUGCAACAAUUGGAGUAAUGCUUGUGAAUGCCUUGUCCUUGGGGUUUUCAAUGCCAGUCACUGCAAAUAUGCCCAGAAGACUUUCCUUGAUGGGGUCUCUGUCAGGGACGUCGAUUUCAAUGACUGUUUUGGCUCUGAGUUUGGCUUUUCUUGGAAAAGUCAAUUUCCUGACGUACACAGCAAUUGGAGCGACAAACAUCAGUCCCAGCAGCGAGGAAAUCUUUGCUUGCUGUGGGUUCCUGUGCGGGUUGGCUGUCUUCAUUCCUGGUUGGACUCAUGUUUCCAGUUGUGGAGUCAGCAACAUGAAGACUCAUGCGAUACACGGAACGUUCGAGAAGGUUACGGGGUCAGCCGCAUUAUGGGACAGCACCCGCAAUUCUCAACUGGGCAUUUCAGUCUGGAUGAUGUUUCGAGACUCGAAGAACCCAAACUCACCGUAUUACAACGCAGCAAAACGCAACUUGAAACUCAUAGAUCGCGAAAUGGCCAUUUGUCUGGUCGGGAUUUCGCCAAUGUACCACGCCCUGGUGUUCACAUUCAUUCAAUUUUGGAACCGAAAACAGUGCUGGGAUUUGAAGCGAACCUGGGUACAAACGAUUCGCUGGACUGGAUUGGACCCCCUUGGAGGCAAAGUAUUCAAAAACCGGUGCCACGUUUUGGGACUGUACGGAAAAAUUUUCAAUGCUGCUAUCACUUCAAUCGCAUUUUUGUUCGGAUUCCUAUCAGGAUUUGGAUUAGUCAACACGACUUACAGGGCAGGAAACGCACUGUUGUGCAGUUACUGGUACUUUUUGAUUGAAUUUCCGGAUACGCACGUUCUGGCCCCACUGUUGAGGAUAUUCCUCGGAUUUAACGUAGGAUUAACCUAUUUAAUAUACAAACAAAUAAUAGUGGAGUACAUGAUGAAUGCCUUGAUGGCUUCUAAAAUGCUGGAGAUGUGGACUUCGAACUUGGCGCGUCUUUUGGGGCAUCAUUUGAAUGAUGGAGAAGCGAAGACUUCUUUGAUGAAAAAGUUUCCCGCUGUUGGAAAAAUUCUGGGUGAAUGA